AACUAGGCACCCGGAAGCGCUAUAUUGUUAUUUGUUGAAAAGUUUGUUUUCGUUUGAAAAGUUAUACUAUAUUUAAGUAACAGUUGUGUAUGAGAAAACAAUUAAACAAUUUUGCUUCUCUAGAACAUAAAAUGGCCUCUGUUUGGCAGCAAAUAUUAGCAGUGGAUGCUAGAUACAAUGCCUACAGGGCGCCAAGUAAUCCCCAGUUUCGUACUUUGUAUAUACGCCGUCGAAGUCAACUUCUGCGUGAAAAUGCGAAACAAGAGUUCAGUCCUGUUGCUAGAAAACAGUAUUUACGAUUGAGGAAUCAGUUGUUAUCUCAGAGAUAUGGCGUAUGUCUUGAUCAAACAAGUGUAAGAAGUCAAAGCAUGAGUGCAAGAAGUAACAGUAGGGCUACCUUGGAGACCAGUGACUCUUUUGAGAACCGUAUUGCUUUAGGUGACCUUAAAAAAGUCCCAAGGCGUUUAACUAAUGAAGAAGUUGUCCCCACACACUUAGCAGAGGCCAGUCGUGCAUUAGUUGGUGGAACUUCUAUUGAUGAAAAUUAUGCUUUUACUGGAGUACAUCAUAUAUUUGAUCAACAUAAAGAUGCAGUGACAGCAGUGCGAUUUGCUAAUAAUGAUAAAAGUCUCCUCGCCUGUUCUUCAUUGGAUGGAAAACUCUCCAUCUGUCAGCUGACUCCCCCUCCUGCCAGCGUCCUGUACGUUCUCAGUGGACAUAAAGCUGGACUGACUGCAUUUGAGUGGUCCAUCUCUAAUGACCUCAUACUGACGUGUUCUUUGGACGCCACAGUACGACUUUGGGACACUGCCUUGGGUUUAUGCAUUCGGGUAGUGGAGGAUCCUUUUGGGGCACCUCUCCUCUGUUGUGCAUUCCAACCCUACAACAACAACAUGGUUGUAAUUGGUAAUUCUAAAGGCAUGGUACAGGUGUUAAAUGUAUCUACAGGCAUCUAUUUAAAAGGUGGAAGCAGCAAAAGUUCUGGCAGUGUUUUGUCUAUUGUCUUUGAUCCUUCUGGAAGACUAUUAUGGGCUGGAAAUGAUAAGGGUUACAUAUUAUCAUUCCUCUUUGACUUACAUACAGGAAGAUUAACCAAAGGCAGAAAGAUUCUUGUAUCGGAGAAUAAUGCAAUCACUUGUCUCUCUGCCCGCUCGUGGGCGAACCGUGAAGCUCGGGAUCCUCUUCUUCUUGUGAACUGUGCAUCUGACGCAGUUUUCCUUUUCAGCAUCCUUAGGAAAGAUGGGAGCCUUGAGCUGAAACGUAAGUUUCCUAUCAGACACAGCUCUCAACUGGCUAUGAUAAGGAGCUCUUUCUGUCCCAUCAUGUCAUUCAGACAAGGCACUUGCAUAGUAUCAGGAAGUGAAGAUACCUCUGUUUACUUUUUUGAUCUGGAAAGGGAGAGGAAAGCCUGUGUAAAUAAAUUACAAGGACAUUCUGCUACUGUCAUCGAUGUGUGCUUUAAUUAUGAUGAGAGUCUGCUUGCCUCCAGUGAUGCCAGUGGAAUGGUCAUUAUUUGGAAGAGAUCAUUCCAGACCUAGUUUAUUAUUAAGGUCUAUUAAUAUUAUGUUUUAUAAAAAAUAGAAGUGUAUAUAUUUUUUGUAAAUUUUUGUAUGUUGAAAAAUUUUUUUUUUCCAUCAUUUUUCAGAUCCAGUCAUAUAAGAUGUGAUUUAUAUGUAUUGAUUAAAAUUAAAUCCUGAUUCUCUAAUUAAUUUUUGUAAAAUGAUGCUUUUACUAAGGUAUUUACCUUCAGUUUUGCUACCCUUUAUUGCAAUAAUUUGCCUUAUUUUCUGCUAUCUUUUUCUUAAAUAAAGACUCAAUUAAAUACAAAUUUAUUUUGCAUGUUAAAGGCCUUUUUGUUCAAAGGAUUCUCAUUUUAUUCCCUUCUAUAUUCUCAAGAGGUGGUAUCUACACUAUUUAAUCAACAGAUAUUUCAAACGAAAUGGUUGCAUAUUAAAAUGUUAUUCUCCUUACUUUCAAAAAUAUCACCCUCCUAUUUCUAUAUAUAUAUCCCAGCAAACACAACAUUUAAGUCGUGAUAACGGGCCCAUGUAUGUUCACUAUCUUAUCGUAUUAUUUGGGCUUUAGAACGGACAUAUAACUUAAUUAUUUAAUAGUUAAUAAACUUGAAAAAAAACAAAAACAAUUUGCUGAGAUUUUUUUCACUUAAAUAAAAGUUAUCAAAAUUAAAGAAUAAUUCUUAAGAUUUUUAAAUUUUUAUGAACAUACAUAGUUUAAAAAACUAAAUCACAAAAACUUUUGCUUUCAUUAAACUUUCAUAUGGAGUAAAUCUGAACUUUGAUUAAAUUCUGAUUUACUUAGAGGCAUUAAGACAUUAAGAUUAAUUAAUUACAGAAGUUUUCUAGGUCCCAAUCUUAGUGCUUUAAAUAUUUUUAAAACUUUAACUAGAAUAUUGAACACAUUUUUUUUAAUGAAGUGAAGCAUGUGUAUAAUCGGCAAUGUUUAGUUUUGAGAGAGUUUUUGCACUUAUUAUUAUCUUUAUAGUUGUAUUGUAUCUUGUAUUUCUCUUUAAAUGUAAGCAAUCUGUUUCGCAGAAACUGAAAUGUAUAUUUUGUAAAUAUUAAUGUUUUAAUCUGAAACAAUGUAAUUUUUAUUGAUACAAAUAAAAGAAAAUGUUUUGAAA